ACAACUGCUCCAACAAUCACCACAACUUCUCCAACAACAACCACACCAUAUUUCCGAACAACAAUUGCUCCACUCAGCAAGAUUCCUCUGCAAUUUACAGUUCAUGUGGAAUCACACAACGCCCCUUCAUGUCUUGAUGGUGAUUAUUUUCCCAUUUUCUUGUCACCAACUCCGGCAAAUGGAGUAAAUCUUCCAGCAUUUGUCAACCACACCCUCGAAAUCACAGUCAGAUCCACAGCCCAGUUCACCACGAUUUAUGACUUGAUUGUGACAGGACCAAGUAGCAUUACGAAGCAGAAAGUCUCCACAGGACUAUAUACAAUACAAUGGACGCCAACUGAACAGGAUGUCAAUGAUCACUUUCCAAUCUGCUUCGUUUCUGAAGCAAGAGACAGAUACCAAGUCUAUCAGUCAGAGCUUCGUUGUGUGACCGCUGAUGUUGGACACCAAGAGGCCACUGUGACGUGUAAUGAAACUACGAUAACCGUGGAAGUGGAGAAGUCGUACCUCAUCAGACGCAACUUGGACAACCUGCAUCUGAACGACUUCACGGAUCCUUCCUGCAACCUGACAACUCACUCCAAUGAGACCCACCUGAUGACUGUCAUGUCGCUGAACGCCUGUGGGACUCAUGUGGAGGAGGACGAAGACAACAUCAUCUUUGUAAACGAGAUCUCAUCUGCUGACCCAGAUGAGAUCAUCUCCAGGCGUCACGACGUUGAGAUCGUCUUUUCCUGCUCUUAUCCAAAGCGAACCAACCUGACCCUGGGCUUCAGGCACAAAAACCCAUACGCCUUCACAGAGAAAGGCUUCGGUGCUUUCACCUUUCAGUUUGAGUUCUUUGAGAGCCAACGCUUUAGGAAACAAGUGGACGGCAGCACCUACCCAGUGGAGGUGUACCUGAAGCAGAUGAUCUUCAUGCAGAUUGAGGCGACCACCAACAUCCCCAACACUGAGCUGUUUGUGGAGUCCUGCAAGGCGACUCCCUAUGACAACCCCAACUCCCGCAUCAGCUACACCAUCAUCGAAAAUGGAUGUGUGAAAGACAAAACUGUGCAAAUCUACCCCAGCUCCAAGUCUCAGUUCAGAUUUGGAAUGGAGGCUUUUGAGUUCAUCGGCGCUCAUGAUGAGGUCUACAUCACAUGCUCCGUCCUCCUGUGUGAGAGCGGCGCCUCUGGAACCCGGUGUUCUCAGGGAUGCAUCAGCUCCAACUCAGGGACGCAUCGCAGAAAAAGGGAAGCUGCAGCUGAGACUGGAAGACACUCCAUUUCCCAGGGACCUUUGCACCUGGUCAAGACUUCUGACAGCCAAUCAUCCGGGGUGAGCAUGAAUCUGGGCAUGAACCUGGUCUUCGUCGGCUGCCUCCUGGUAUGCGGGGUGGUGAUCUACAGAGCAAAGAGGUCCAGACCUAAAUACCAGGCCCUGCCCACCUCUGAGGAAGACUAAAGACCACAUUCAUUUAAAGACAAUGAAGAGAGGUUUUGUUUUGGUUUUGGUGUUUAAAAUGCUUUGAGGUUCUUUUUCUUGGUGUGUCAGGGUGUGAAAAUAAGAAGGUUUAAAUAUAAAAAUUCACAGACUUUAAACAGUUACUUGCAGAGAUGUUAAGGGAACAUUGUUCUCUAUAAGGUAUCAUUAUUCUAAUGAAGUAUCAUCCAAAGUUUUCCUGUUUGUGAGGGGUUUUGAUUACAACAGGUUAUUUGUUUCACUGUGGGCUGAUGUUAUGCAUCUUUUUCUAGUUUAAAGCACACAAUGCGACUGCCGUGAAAUUGUGGAUUAUUAGAAGGUGUCAAGACGGAAUCCAAAAACUUUGUAGAAUGGGAUGAGCAGACAGGAUUUGAUUGAUUCCGGAUUAUAGUUAUUAUAGUUAAAAGGAUUAUGACCUUCUAGAUUAAACCCCAGAUUUUAAAAAAUCUUAUACAAACAAAGUUGUUAAAAUGUACUAGUUUUAAUUAUGUUGCAAAUGCAUCUAAUAGGGGUUUUUGUUUGGUUUUAUUGUCUUUUUUUUUUUUUUUUUUUACUAUAAACGGAUACAGGUACACAUAGUGUAAAUGGACAAAGGGCAAAUAUGUGCAUUGUUGUGUAAGUUGUUCAGAUCUUAUAAGUGCUUCUUAAAAUGGCUGGUAUGUACUGUAUACAUGAGUCUGCAAAGUGACACCCAUUGUUGUGAUAAGUGAAACCCUUCAGGCUCAAGUGCAAUGUGUCAUCAGUGUAUUUAAUGGGGCGAGGUUCCCAGUGAAUGUUGCAGGAGAUCAGUGAGUUAUUUUUAGCUGUCUUCACUCCCAAAUAAAUAUUUUCCCCUGUUGUUUGAAUGUGAUUUAUUUUUGGUAUUGUUUAAACUUUAGUUUCAGAAGUAAUGUGUUUUCAAGAGGAUCUUUAGAGUUAUGAGCUGCACCAAAUGUUGCCCAAUGCAAAAGAAAAUAAUUAUUUUGUGGAUGGGAGGUUAUUGUCUGCAUCUGCAGUACACAAGUGCGUCCCCAGCCAGCACUAGA